UUUGAUUUAUAUUUUGUUCUUGACAGGAAAUCAACUAACAAACCUUUGGAUGAGAUAAACCAGUGCGUCUCAAGCCUUUUACACCAAGUAAAACCUAACCCCCCCCCCCCAAAAAAAAUAAACUAACAAAAAAAAAAAACAACAAUCUGUUACUACGUUUGAACAAUAAACACUGCAUUGAAAAAGUAGAAAAUGAACUGGUAAAUGGUAAAUCAUUUAAACUGCAUUGCAUGCAAUUCAAUAAAAAUGACUGUAGUAUCACUAAAAACGUGAAACGUAAAAUAUAAAAUCCGACCGCUUUGAGCCUGGAAGUUAAAUACAACUCAACUGGACUAAAACGAAGGCGUCCUUGAAUUGAAGUCAUUUCGGCCUGUGCGUGACAUCACAAUUAUCUCGUGUGCCAACGUUUUGCCGCAGCUGUUGACUCCAUUGUUCACAUUGUAUACAUGAAUAGACGAAAGGAGCGCCGCGAUGCGUUCACUGUCUCAUUGUUGUGCUGUUGACGCAAGCCUCCCACCUCAUACUUUUUUUAUAAAGCCGCCGUUUUAGCGGCUGAGGCAGACAACCAUGUCCACCUGGAGAACCGUCGUUCUUGUUAGCCUGGCCGUCUCAUGCAGUUGGGCGUCCAACUGCUCCUACUCGCACCUGCUCAGCUACUUGGAGUUGAGCUCCGUCAAUGACUUCCUGGCCAAUGUCAGGCCCGUCAAGGACUGGAGGCAGGUUACCAACGUGCAGAUUGACCUGCUGCUCUUUGGCAUCUUGCAGGUGGAUGAGAAGCUUCAAACCUUCAUGAGUCACGUGUGGAUCCAAACGGUCUGGGAAAAUGAUUUCCUCAAGUGGAAGCCGUCUGAUUUCUGCAACAUCACCCACUUCUCCAUUCCCCGGUCCAUGCUGUGGACGCCCGACAUAAACAUCCAAGAGGAUGCCUCCGACAGCGGGAGCAUCCAGAGCAGUUACUACGUGACGGUGUACGCCAACGGAAUGCUGCAGAUGACCGCCCGUCAGCGGCUGACAACCACGUGCACCCUCAACCUUUACAAUUUCCCCUUUGACCGGCAGAACUGCGCCAUCACCUUCAGCGCCAUGAACACUGACGAUAAAGGCAUACGACUCGGGACACUGAGUGGUGAUGAAUUUAUUACGAACGUCUCAGAGCAGUCCAUGGUAACUCGUGGGGAAUGGAGCCUGAAGCACUUGGAAAUCAUCUCAAACGUGACCGGCAAGGGAAAACCAAAAAUUAGUGAACUGAUUUACCAGGUGCGGAUCGAACGCAAGCCGAUGCUGUACGUGAUCAUCUUCAUCGUUCCGCUCUUCUACCUGCUGGUGCUGGACCUGACGUCCUUCUUCAUUGACGAGGGCCGCGGCGAAAAGUUGAGCUUCAAGGUCACCGUGCUGCUCUCCAUCUCCGUCCUGCUGCUCAUCCUCAAGGACAUGCUGCCCUCCACCGAGGACAACCUGCCCAUUAUUGCCAACUUCUGUGCGGGCGUGUUCGCCCUGGUGGGCCUCAGUGUCCUGGAGGCCAUGCUGGUCAGCUUCAUCAUCGACCUGGAUGACAGGUUUGCCAAGAAGCGGGCAACAUCGUCUGACAGUGAAGUUCCCUCAGACAAAGGGGACAAGAAAGAUCCCCUCGAGGAGAAAGCGGAAGGAGAUUCACGAAGCUCAGCGGCAAGCGGCAAGCAGCCGCGAUUCACCUCGGCCUAA